AUGAAUGAGACAUGUUCAAAGGUGAAUGAGGUCUUGGAUAGCUACUACCUCACAACAUUUUAUACCAUUGAGUUCAUCUUGGGUUUGACGGGGAACCUCAUUGUGAUAUGUGGUUACAUAUUCUGCCUGAAGGAAUGGAAGUGCAGCAAUAUUUACCUCUUUAAUCUUUCCAUUUCGGAUCUGGUCUUUAUCUGUACCCUCCCAAUGUUUGUGGCCUACUAUGCCAAUGGUAAAAUCUGGACAUUUGGUGCUUUCCUUUGCAAGCUAAACAGAUACAUUCUCUACACUAACAUGUACCUAAGCAUGCUGUUCCUUGCCUGCAUUAGCAUUGAUCGAUAUUUACUGGUAAGCAAUCCAAUGAGGAUCCACUUCUUUCAAAAGAAAAAGGUUGCAGUUAGCAUCUGUAUCAGUUUGUGGAUUUUUGUCACCUUGGAAGUCCUCCCCAUGUUAACUUUCAUUGGUGUCACGGCUCAUGAUAACAAUACUGUCAUUAAGUGUGUUGACUAUGCGAGUGCUGGGAAUGCUGAUCACAAUCUGAUAUACAAUGUGUGUCUCACUGUUGUCGGGUUCUUGCUCCCAAUGUGCAUCAUGGGAGUUUUCUGUGUGAAAACCGCAUGCAUGUUAAAGAAACUGAAUAAAGACCAGUCUCGAAGCGUCAAUCUUGAAAAGCCCCUCACGUUAGUUAUAUUGGCAAUUGUAAUUUUUUCUGUGCUUUUCAUUCCUUAUCAUGUUAUGCGGAAUAUCCGCAUGGUGUCCAGAUUGGAAAAUAUUAGACUUUCGCAUUGCACUGUUGAGACCAUAAAAGCGGUUUACACUAUCUCAAGGCCUAUUGCUUUCCUCAGCAUUAUCACAAACUCUGUUUUCUACUUCCUUUCUGGAGAUAAAUUCAGGGAAAUAAUUACGAGCAACAUUCGGAAGACAAUAAGGUCUCACUGUUUCAGAAAACAUAUCAACUGAAGACACGCUAAUUACAAGCUCGUG